CAUAUGCACCCCCCCUCCCUAAUCAAAUCCUUAAUACCACUGUUCAUCAUUUAUUACAGGGAAUAAUUGUCUCCUACAAACUCCUCCAUAUAUUAAUCCCCCCCCUGUCCUCUCACCUUCUCCAUCCCCUCCAUUUCACACCAAUAACCACCUGUGCAGCUAGCUAAGCUGUGCUGCUGUGCUCUCUCUCUCUCUCACACACACAAGCAAUCUUAGCUAAGCUAUAGCUGCAGCUGAAGCAAAGCAAAGGGAAGAAGAGAGGAAGGAGAUGGAGCUGGAUGAGCAGGCGUUCUUGGAGGAGCUCUUCUCGCUGAGGAGGGACGCGUGGGAGUACAAUGCCAUGGGGGACUUCUUCUCGCCGGCGUGCGCCGCCAUGGACGGCUUCCAAGAACGGCACCAGUCCACCACCACGGUCAGCGUCCUCCCCACCUUCACGGCCUCCUACGAGCAGCCGCCGCCGGCGCCGGCGGCCGGGUUCGACUGCCUCAGCGAGGUCUACGGCAACGCCGCCGCCGCAUUCGGGCCCAAUGCCGGCGGCGGCGGCGGCGAGUACGGCGGCGGCGGCGACAUGGGGUUUCUUGAUGUGGUUGAGCCCAAGGCGAGUAUGGUGGUGGAUGGCGGCGGGCUCGGGGUGUGCAAGGUGGAGCCCGGGCUGCAGGCGGAGGGCGGGUUCAGCGCAGCGGCGGCGGCGCCGGCGUCGAAGAAGAAGAGGGUGGAAGGGAUGCCGUCGAAGAACCUGAUGGCGGAGCGGCGGCGGCGCAAGCGGCUGAACGACCGCCUCUCCAUGCUCCGGUCCGUGGUGCCCAAGAUCAGCAAGAUGGACAGGACAUCGAUUCUUGGGGACACGAUCGACUACAUGAAGGAGUUGCUGGAGAGGAUCAGGCAGCUGCAGGAGGAGAUCGAGGAGCAGCAGCAGCAGGAGACGCCCGGGGUGCUCAGCGUCUUCAGGGAGCUCAACCCCAACGAGAUGCUGGCCAGGAACACACCCAAGUUCGAUGUGGAGAGGAAGGAGGGGGGCGACACGCGGGUGGAGAUCUACUGCGCGGCCAAGCCAGGGCUGCUCCUGUCCACGGUGAGCACGCUGGAGACGCUGGGCCUCGACAUCCAGCAGUGCGUCGUCAGCUGCUUCAACGACUUCGGCAUGCACGCCUCCUGCUCCGAGAUGCAGAGGGAGAGGAUGAGCGCGGACAUGAUAAAGCAGGAGCUGUUCAAGAACGCCGGCUAUGGAGGAGGAUGCUUGUAGAGAGAGGACACCGAGAGCAGCAGCAAUAAAAGUAGCAGCAGCAAUGGUAAUAGUGGUGGUAGCAGCAGCAGAUCGAGCAGAAAGAAAGAGAGAGGGUUUCAGAGUUCAGUGUUGUUGAGUAGUAGGGCAGGAGAGGAAAAGGCAGAUUCGGGAGGCCUUUUUGCAAUCCAUCUCCCCCAUCGUUCCUCGUAACCAUGCAACGCAAUACUACUACAUUACAUUACAUGUGGUUGUGCCCGUCUGUCCAUGAAUCAUCAUCAUCAAUCAGACUCUUUCUUUCUCUUAACAACUUUUCUCUUUUAAUGAUUGAUCUACUCGCACUUUUUUUCGCCAUCCCUAAUGUUUCUUCUUAUAUUAAUUGUUUCCUAGUAUGUUCUCAUGUCCCUCUCUCCUGUAUUCAAGAAAGGGCUUGGGACUCAAAAAAGGAUUAGUGGUGUCACUCCUGUGUUGUUAUAAUCACCUUGCCAAAUUGCAAUGUACCGAUGGCCCUGUUAGUGUGUGUA